UAAACGUUCCCUUCGCUAAAGUUAUACAGCAAAACAAACCGCAUGUUGCGCUAACUUAUGCUUAGGUUUAUUUCGUUUAUUUAUUUCUUACACGUUUCAUAAACAUUUGUUAUCAAUGAAACUAGUUUUGGAUAAAGUGACUAAGUGCUCUGGUCGAGCUGGAAUAUUAAGCGGAUUUGAAAGGCUACCAAACGUUAAGUUUGAGACACCGGCAUUGAUAACACAUACAAAGGGUGGAAGCGUACCACAUCUUUCGAAAGAUGUUCUCAGCUUCGUGACGUCUGCGCCAAAUUUAAUGCAAUAUUCCUUAACCAACACGGAACACAUGGCAGAGGCAAUGAGUGCUGCUGAACAAGGAAUCGCUCGAUUUGUCGCACAACAAGAAUCGGUGUCCCUGUUAACUCUCAAAGACCCGGCGGAAUUCUGUCAGCCAGCGUUUCAUGAGAAAGAUCUUGUCCCAAUAUAUGGCCGCAGUGGAAGGAUAAAUUUAACCGCGGAACGGUUCGUUGAGUUAGCCGAAAUUUAUCAACCAGACAUUUACGUUCCGUUGUUCGACGGUGACACUGACAUGAACAGUUCGAAGAAGCGAAACCAACGAUCGGUUGACAGAACGGAAAAAUUUCUAUUGCAGUGCCUGGAGGCACAUCGUACUUCUGACACUCUUAAACGUUCAAGUAUUCUGGCGCCUAUAGUAGGAGGCUACAACAUGAAGUUACGAGAGCAAUCGUUGGCGUUUUUAGACCUACACAAAGACGAAUUUGAGGGUUACUUGCUAGCGGGUCUCCAUCUAAAUGGUAUAUCAGCUUGCCAGAUCGAGCGAGAACAAGUUUUGAGCAUAACUACUAAAAUUUGCGAAAGCUUACCAGUAGAAAAGCCACGCUUCAUUUUCGGUGCCUUCACUCCCCGUAUAACCCUCGAACUGGUGUCACGAGGAGUAGACAUUUUCGACACCAGCUAUCCCUAUCUUAAAACACAACAACACAAAGCUUUAUCUUUCAGUUUUAACACAGACGAUCAAAAUGCAGAAGUAAUUGAGAGUGAACUAGACCUGAAGGAUUCACGUUGGUCAGAAGAUUUCAAAGGAUUAGUAAACGGCUGUAGUUGCUUGACUUGCACAAAACACACAAGAGCGUACUCGCAUCAUUUAUUCAACACACGAGAAAUGCUAGGGCCAAUCUUACUUAUGAUACAUAAUCUACAUCACUAUUUUGAGUUUUUCAGAGCCAUACGAAAACAUGUAGCCAAUGAUACUUUGCCAGCACUGAUAGCACAUUUGAACAAGCAAAAGGAAGUAACUACCAAAGAGGAAAAUUGUUCAACUAAUGCUAAUGAGACUAAAUUGAAUGAAAAAAAUAAACAUAAAAAAAUUAAACAGUAA